UUGAUUUUAAGGAAAAUAAACAAACAGUAUAUCGUCAAAACAAACUCUUUUCUUUCAUUUUUCUCUCUCUCAUGAAAAGCUGGAAAGAAUUGUACAACACCACAUACUGACUGACUAUCAAAGAAAGAAAAAGAAAUUAAAAAAGAAGAAGAGAGAAUCAAACAGUGAUUUUUGAUCUUUCAGAUUUACAUCAUUUGUCAAUUUGGGUUCUCAAAUUCUAGUCUGUGGGAUAUCUAUAAAGAUAUACGAUACUGUUUCACGUUUGUACGGCGUGCUCGUGAUUGGAAGUUCAUGAUGGCGGAGAUGAGUCCAAUGACCGAUACUUCCACUGAUGGGGACACCGAUGAUAAGGUUAUGGGGUUUCAUAGUGGUAAUUCGCUUGGGCAUGUGGUUUCUGAUGCUAGUGAUAAAUCGAGGGAUCAGAAGACACUUCGUAGGCUUGCUCAAAAUCGUGAAGCAGCAAGAAAAAGUCGUUUGCGUAAGAAAGCAUAUGUUCAGCAGCUUGAAACUAGCAGAAUGAAGUUGAGCCAACUUGAGCAAGAGCUUCAACGAGCUAGGCAGCAGGGCGUCUACAUUUCAAGUUCAGGAGAACAAACUCAAUCUACCAGUGGAAAUGGGGCCUCAUCUUUCCAUGUUGAAUAUGCACGGUGGCUGGAAGAGCAAAACCGGAGAAUUAGUGAGCUAAGAGAAGCUGUUAGCUCACAUGCUGCUGAUGGUGAACUUCGUACUAUUGUUGAUGGAUGUGUGGCACAUUAUGAAGAAAUAUUCAGAACAAAAGGUGAUGCUGCAAAGGCUGAUGUCUUCCACAUUCUAUCAGGCAUGUGGAAAACACCUGCAGAACGGUGUUUUCUUUGGUUGGGUGGAUUCCGUUCUUCAGAACUCCUCAAGCUACUGAUAACCCAGUUGGAGCCCUUAACAGAGCAGCAGUUAUUGGCCAUCAAUAGCUUGCAGCAAACAUCACAGCAAGCAGAGGACGCCUUAUCACAAGGAAUGGAUGCAUUGCAACAGUCUUUAGCCGAGACAUUAGCAGGCUCACUUGUGCCCUCGGGUUCAUCAGGCAAUGUAGCAAAUUAUAUGGGUCAGAUGGCGAUGGCUAUGGGUAAACUAGGAACGCUUGAGGGCUUCAUUCGUCAGGCAGACAACUUGAGGCAACAAACAUUGCAACAAAUGCACCGAAUAUUGACAACACGCCAAUCAGCUAGAGCACUUAUAGCCAUCAAUGACUAUUUCUCACGUCUUCGGGCCCUUAGUUCAUUAUGGAUUGCACGCCCCCGCGAAUGAUAUUCUCUUCCAAUAUUUCUGAAUUCUGACUCAUUUAUAUGCUCCCACAGUCCCACCACAGGUGGCUAAAGGCAAAAGGUAGCCAAGUCUAAUUGUAGGUUUUUGUUUUUUUUUGUUGUCGAUCAUUUAGUCAUAGCAGAAUUUUAUUGUUGCGCAGAAUGUUUUAAAAGGGGUAUUCAGUUUUAGUCAUGAAAUGACUAAAUUUCUAGAUAUGUAUUGUAAGAGUUGUGAGUUGUCACAUGUCAUUUUACAUGCUCAUUAUAUUUGGAGAAGUUGUAAUUAUUGAACUUUAUACGCUUGAAAGACUUGAUAUUUGCAUA